AUGACAUCCACUCCUGAAAGGCUCAUGGCCCCCAUUGCGCUCUUGCUCAAGUCGGUCGACGCCACGUACACGACGGCCUUUGCGGCCGCGGGGCUCGCCGCCGCCUUCUCCGACGUACUGUCCUUUGAGGCGCGCAACCGCGACGUCCUGCGCGAGCGCCUGCGGUCGCUCGCCUCGUACGACGGCCUCAUCAUCACGAGCCCGCGCUCGUCCGAGGCCAUCGUCGAAGCCUUGAUGGCCAUGGACGACGCCGAGCGAGCGCACGUGCUGGCACAGCUGCAGACGCUACCCGUCUUUUCCGUGGGGCAAAAAACUUCAGCGCCGCUUACCGCCUUGGGCGUGACGUGCAGCGGCGAGGCCUCGGGCUCGGGUGACGUCCUUGCCGCACACAUUGCGUCAGUACAAGACCCGACGUCGACCAAGCCGACGCUAUUUCUCUGCGGCGAGAAGCACCAUGAUGCGCUGCCCACAAGCUUUCGGGCCCGCAACCAGGUCCUCGAAGAACUCAUCGUCUACGUCUCUGCAUCCGUCUCGAGUAUCGACUACUUUGCGUCGCCUAAUGCAGCGACGCCAGCGUGGGUAAUCUUUUUCAGUCCCAGCGGAGUGCACACGGCCCGCGCCAUGCUUCAUGUGGACUGGACGACCAUCAAGAAGGCGGCGAUUGGCAAGACGACGGCGGCAGCGCUCGCCAAGGUCGCCAACGAAACGAAUGAUGCGACGUGGAACGCCGACGCUGUUGCUGUGGCCCCAACGCCGGAAGGUCUCCUCAAAGCCAUGGGUGCUGCCGAGGGUAGCGCCACAUAA